AAGAACGAACCAACCCGAUUUCUUGGGGAGGGUGUGUCGUUCAAGGCGAAGCUGAUUGGCAUAUUGGAAGUAUCGGAAGCACGCGGGGACCGGAUGUGCCAAGCAGCUUUGGCGGAUCUGAAGAUGGCGAUUCGGGCUGCCGGUGAACACAAACAACGAAUCGCCGUUCAGGUCAGCAUCGAUGGAUUACGCUUGCGGGACGAAAAGUCUGGGGACUGUCUGUAUCACCACCCUGUACACAAGAUAUCGUUCAUCGCGCAGGACAUGAGCGAUUCGAGGGCUUUCGGAUAUAUUUUUGGGUCACCAGACACUGGCCAUCGUUUCUUUGGCAUCAAGACAGACAAAGCGGCAAGCCAAGUGAGUUUUGCACUUACUCUCCUAUCUAUUGAUUGCAAAUUAAUUUCAAUCUUCGUAUUACAAUCUUCACUUUAAUUUUCUAAAUAGAAAAUUUUCCAAAUAGAAUGACAAAUUUCAAGAUUUAUUAAAGUACGAUGAUAAAUAAUAGCUAGCAAUCUUAUCGCAAAUUUGUACAACACGAGAGAUUAAGUUUCAGAAUUUUUGUUCUUCUACGAUCAAAAUUCAACUUAACAAUUAACAUUCACAGUUUCCUCCGUGAACAGAAUCGAAACUUUAUCCUUCAAAAAUAAAUAUUCUUAAUCACCUUGCAGAUAACUAAAACUCAAGCUGAAAGCGAU